CUUGCUCUUUCUCUCACUUUCUCGCUCUCAUCUGCUUCCUGCUUUUCUCUUCUCUCUCUUUCCUUCUCUCGCCAACGUUUCCCACACAGGAUUAAUCGGACAUGUUGCAAUGACUUCCAGUGGGCAUCUGAAGAGCCUCCCGCUUCUGCAUUCACGUGUGGCUGUACUACCAUGAGCAAUUCACACAGUCCAUCCACAGCUAAUGGCAACGAGAGCAAAACGUACAAAGGAGACCGAACCCCCUGUGGCCCCUCUCGUGUCCUCCACGUGCGUAAGGUUCCCAUCGAGGUCUCCGAGGCAGAGGUUAUCUCAUUAGGAAUCCCCUUCGGCAAAGUCACCAACCUGUUGAUGCUUAAGGGCAAAAACCAGGCAUUUAUAGAAAUGGCUUCUGAAGAAGCAGCUAUCACUAUGGUCAACUAUUACACCACCGCUACACCACAUGUCCGUAAUCAACCCGUCUACAUCCAAUACUCCAACCACAGAGAGCUAAAAACCGACAACCUUCCCAACCAAGGGAGAACCCAGGCAGCGCUGCAGGCCGUCAAUGCUGUUCAUUCUGGAAAUAUGACACAUUCUGCUUCAGCCAGCGACAGCAGCAUGAUGCCUGGACAGAGUCCUGUGCUGCGGAUCAUCGUGGAAAAUCUCUACUAUCCUGUUUCUCUGGAGGUUCUGCACCAGAUCUUCUCUAAGUUUGGAACGGUUCUGAAGAUCAUUACAUUCACCAAGAAUAACCAGUUCCAGGCUUUGCUUCAGUACUCAGAUUCCAUAAAUGCACAUCACGCCAAAAUGACCUUGGACGGACAGAACAUCUACAAUGCUUGCUGUACGUUGCGUAUUGAGUUCUCCAAAAUGACCAGUUUGAAUGUGAAAUACAAUAACGACAAAAGCAGAGACUUUACACGGCUGGAUCUGCCGUCAGGAGACGGCCAGCCCACGCUGGAGCCCACCAUGACUGCUGCCUUUGGGGCUCCUGGGAUCAUCUCCUCACCCUACGCUGGAGCGGCUGGAUUUGCUCCAGCUGUUGGUUUCCCUCAUGCUGCAGGUCUCUCCAUGCAGGCGAUGCCUGGUGCCCUGGGACACCUUACGAUCCCCACGUCAGCUGUAGCUGGACGCAUGGCCAUCCACGGAAUGCCCCCCAACGCCCUUCACUCUGUUCUACUCGUCUCCAACCUCAACCCUGAUAGUACAUCACCACACGGACUCUUCAUCUUAUUUGGAGUGUACGGAGAUGUCCACAGAGUUAAGAUUCUGUUCAACAAGAAAGAGAAUGCUUUAGUACAGAUGGCAGACGCCACACAAGCCCAGCUCGCUAUGAGCCAUCUAAAUGGACAGCGGUUGUAUGGCAGGGUGAUGCGUGUCACCAUCUCGAAGCACCAGACAGUUCAGCUACCCCGCGAAGGUCAGGAGGAUCAGGGCUUGACCAAAGACUUCAGUGGCAGCCCACUUCAUCGCUUCAAAAAACCUGGCUCCAAAAACUUCCAGAACAUUUUUCCACCUUCAGCCACGCUGCACCUCUCCAACAUCCCACCUUCUGUUGGUGACGACAUGCUGACGGAACUCUUCUCAAGUUCAGGCUACACAGUGAAAGCGUUCAAAUUUUUCCAGAAGGACCGCAAGAUGGCAUUGAUCCAGCUGGGCUCUGUGGAGGAGGCCAUCCAGGCUCUCAUCGAACUCCACAACUACGACCUGGGAGAGAACCAUCACCUCCGUGUGUCUUUUUCCAAGUCCACCAUCUAGUCUUCACUUCAAGAGCGCGGCUCCGUUCAGGUUUAAUAUGAGCAACAAGCCUGACUGAUGAACCUAAAGAGGAGGCAAAAUAAAUAAUAAUUAUUAUUAUAUAAAAAAAAAAAAAACUGGGUAGUUUUAGAGCUGUAUAGGGGAACUGGUUAAGGAAAAUUUUAGAGACUAGAUGUACAACCUUCAGAAAAGGACUGAAGGUGAUUUUGUCCUGAGUUCAGGGCUGCUGGAGAUGUGGGAGCUUCCAAAGCAAGGAGGUUUGUCCCUGUUUUCCUGUUGAUCACAGUUAUUAUUUACAGCACAGCCAUUUUUUGGAUGGCUUCAGCAAAAUGGCAAAGGAAGACAAUUUCCUAAAGAAUCACAAGCUGAGAAUUUCUGCUGCACAGUCUGUUUUUUUAAUAGAAAUGUAGAGAUGGACACACCUGAGACUGCAUGAUCUGCUGUUUGUACCAGGUGCUCUACCAAUCCUGCGUCCUUUCAGAAUGAGACAUGCGCUGGAUGGGUGGAUGCAAAAAUCAUCCAUCGCCUUUAAAUGUCACUGAUGUCAUCACAAGGUGCUGCUGGGUACCAACCCUGUAGCGACAUUUCUUACUAAGGAGCCAUUCUUACAUUUGGGUAGCAGUAAAACGCAGACGGACUGAGCACAAUGCAGCCGACUUGGCGUUUGUCCUGCUCUCUGAUUUGUUUUGAACACUGAUGCUUUGAGCGUGAUUACUGUUGGACCAACAGUAUGAAUCUGUGAAUAGAUGGUGGACUUAAAUGUUCUCCUGUGAAAUGAGUUCUAAUUUUGGUUUUUGACAUCAAACAGACAAGGCUGAUGUUGGACCGCAUCACCAGGACCAUGGCGUUUGUUUGCUGCGUCGGAUGCUGAACGUUGGCGGCUUGAUUGUUUCCGCUAAGACUUUUUUGAAACAUGCAUGACCAUUCCAGAAAAGCAUGGCCAGUCAGCCAGCCGUCAGUCCUACUGGAACACUCCAAUCAUCAGUGCCCAGCUGUUGGGAGGCCCCACCUCCUAGUAAAUGUCAUUUUUGAAUGUGAAUGAUGUAGCCCCCUGACAAUGCUUUCUUUUGGGAAUGGAUUAAUCCUCCAUAAAGUUCCCACAUUUGAUUCUUGUCAUCACAAUCUUUAAUUUUUUUUUUUUUUCUUUUUUUUUUUCUUUCAUUAUUUUGGUCUUGUGGCACAUUGAUAAAUGAGCUCUGCUCUUUUGGGUAAGGCUGCGUUCACAAGGACAUUUUAGGUUCAGGCAAAAAUGCACUCUAGUCAACAAUGCAACUCUUUACAGUCUUUAACAGAUUUGUAAAGACUGUAAAGAGAUGGUCCAUUACUGAAAAGUGCAAAGGCUUUGCUAUAGGGCAGUAUGGAUAAGCAAUAAAAAACAUUGCUUAUAUUGGAUUUUGCUUAUAUUUAGUGCUGAGUUGUGCCACUUUGAAUGUAUAAGAUCAGCUGAUUAAGAGGCUCAGUGUGGCACAGGUCUAUUAACAAGUACUGGUCAUAAGAGAAAAACAUCAGUCUCCACCUUUCCUUAUACGGCUGCCGAAAAUGUCCUUGUGAACUCCUUGUGUCCCGUCUUGCCAUGUGACGUUCAUGGAACCAGAACGAGUGACAUGGACCUGUUCCAUUUUACUACUUUUGUUUCUGUGGUCUCCUCUCUUUUUUGGCUGUCUGCUCUGGUCUUCUACAGAAAAUGCUACAUCAGCCACCACUUGUUUGCCUUGCUGUCCCACACUAAUGCCUCCACAUACAAACAUGAGCAAAACAGGAAAAGCAAGGGAGAGAAAUUAAGAGCACUGAGGGAGAUUGAGCCCCAGAGCAGAACCUGCUGAAAUCUUUAAUACUGUGCUGCAGAACUGUUAAGUGAACCAGUUAAUUAUGGUGCAUUAAAUAGUCACAUGAUGUCAGUAGGGAUGGUGAGCGUAAGCUUCAGUGUGCAUUUGUUUGAGGAAAUACUUUUUUCAACAUGUAGCAUAAGAGCAAUUAGCAUAAA